GCCUCUCGGUUGCCCCAGCGCACGGCAGCCUCGUCGGCAUUUAUAACGGGGAGGAGUUCGUGUUUGAGGAGAGCAGCUGGUACCUUCUCAACCUUCUCAAGCUCCUCUGGCGCUACGGGCUCAACCCCCUGCGAAUGUACAUGUGGGUGGAGGACGUCCUGGACAAGUUCAUGCGGAUCUAUCGCUACCAGACGCAUGACUACGCCUUCAGCAGUAACGAGCGCCUGCUUCACGCCCUUGGAGGGAACGACUUCACCCGCAUGCUGAAUCAAACCAUCGAUGAAGCCAUGCAGAAAGCCGGCUUCUCCCAUAAGUUCAUAAAUGAGGUGGUUUGUCCGGCCAUGAGAGUCAACUACGGGCAAGGUAUCAACAUCAAUGGUUUCGUAGGUGCUGUUUCUCUGGCAGGGGUGGAAUCGGGCCUUUGGUCAGUAAAAGGGGGGAACAAACUUGUCUGCACGGGCCUUCUCUACGCCUCCAAAGCUGAAGUUAUCCCUGGCACGGCUUUGUCUAUAGAGCCAAAAAUCAGACCCACAGGCGACCCGGUGAAGCUCUACCAGGUCACUUACAACACGACAUUGGGACUAACGGGGGAUACGUACGACAUCGUCGUCAUCGCUGCUCCGCUGAGCCGCAAAAUGGCCAACAUCACCUUCAAGAACUUC